GCAUGCUAUUUAGAGGGAGAGGGACGACGCCGAGGACGCUAGAAAAAGGCAAAGGAGAGAGCCACAAACGCUAGCGAGGCUUUGAGAGAGAAAGAGAGUAAAAAGCGUGGAGGGACGAGGAGAUGGAGAGAGUGGAGGGAGAGAGAGCGCGUGUGAGUCGUUGAGGCGGUUUCGGUUCGCGUGGCGUGCGAGCAAGCGAGCAAGCCCUUUGCUUAACAUUAUAUAAUCCCCCCCGCUCCCUCCCCUCUCCCUAACGUCGGACACACCCAGCCGCCGCACCUAAAAAGAAAGGAAGGAAGAUCGUUUAUUUCCAUAAUUUCUUUUUGGAGAUAUGGAUCGAGAGAGUAAAAAGAGAGGGAGGGAGGAGCCGGUGGUGGUGGCGGCGGCGGCGGCGAUGGAGGAAGAGAAGGAAAUUGUCCUCGAAGGGGUGGCCACGGCGGAGAUAACGAUGAAGAAGGGGAAGAAGCAGGAGAUAUCGGCGCCGUCGACGGACGUGAUAUACGGAGCGGGCGAUGUCUUCGAGAUCUCGGACGUGUACCGCCCACCGGGGCUGUUCGAGUUCCCGUGGCAGAAGGAGGAGGACGGGGGCCUGCUCACGGCGGCCGCGGCGGCGGAGUCCGACGGUCGGGAUCUCCGAGACGUCUUCUUCUCGUCGCUCGUCGAUGGGUGCUCCGCCGCCAUCGGGUUCCCCGGCGACCGCCUCUCGCCACCGCCGGGGCCGAUCGCGCUCCCGGGGGAUGACGACGAUGGAUCCUGGCCGUCCGAGGGUGAGGACGACGGCGUGGAUUGCAUCUGGACCACAGUCCUCCGCCAGCCGCUCGCCACCGUGUACGGCAAGCGCUCUAGCGCUUGACAAUCUCUUCCUCCUUUUGUUUCCAAUUUUAGGUUUUUUUCUUUUUCCCUCCAUACAAUGUUAGCCGUUGAGAUGUUGUUACAGGGGUGAUAAAAAUUUAAGCCUGUUGUUUAAAUUUUAAAAGGAACAUUUCAUUUUUAGGUGUAGAAUCUUUCCACUUGCAGAGAAAUUCAAGAAUUUUGUAGAAAAAAUCUUGGAGAUGUUUGUGUAGCUCGUGGAUGCUUGGGAUGAUCAGGAACCAUCUCUAUUUUUGGUACAUGUGACACAUAGCUACGUUUUAUUUAAAUCUAUUUUUAGUAA